AUGUUGGCAGUUGCUGAACUUAUUGUAGAAUUCGGGUGCCAGUUGCAUGGCUUGACUAGGCAGUUGAAAAGGUGGAAGCGUUGGGGUAGUGAUGAAUCCAAUCGGGAGGUUGUUGUUGAGGUAGGUGUUAUAGAAGGCUUGAAUAAAGAAAUUAUG